CUCUCCCGGUCUUUCCCGCUCACCUUGCCUCUCCGGUUACUGAACGGGAAAUUUUCUGCUGCAAUUCUUUGCAAUAAAAGGGAGCUGCUAGUUGAAUUCCACCAGGUAUAUUUGGUGCAUAAUUCCAGAGAAGCCAAUCGCCUUGCGGACAGCUUAGCUAGGAAAAGCAGCAGUAGUGAUUGUGGGCUUAUUGUUUUUAAUUCGUGCCCCUCUUUGACUGUUAGAUAAUUUAAGGGGAUUAGCACUUUCCAGGAUGACUGUAAAUUCUUAGCUCUGUAUACGUUUAGUUCAAAGCUAUGCAUGGCGCUUACCAAAAUACAGAAAAAUAAAAAGUAAGUUGUCUUCCUGGGCCACCCCUCUUUUGCCGGAACACAUCGUCAUUCCUUCACCCAGUAACUGAAUCUGCAGCGUCCUGCACCAGUUAUGGAAAUUGCUGAAUCACUGAAAUUGGAUAUGGAAGUUGAGAGUAAUACUUCUUUGAGGAAACCUCGAAUCCUACUCGCUGCAAGUGGAAGUGUGGCUGCAAUAAAGUUUGCAAACCUUUGUCAUUGCUUUAUUGAAUGGGCAGAAGUUAAAGCAGUUGCUACAAAAGCUUCUAUGCAUUUCAUAGAUAAAGCUGCACUUCCUAAGGAUGUGACUCUUUACACAGAUGAGGAGGAAUGGUCAUCAUGGAAUAAGCUAGGAGAUGAUGUGCUACACAUUGAGCUCCGUAGGUGGGCUGAUAUUAUGGUCAUUGCACCUUUGUCUGCCAACACACUUGGGAAGAUUGCAGGAGGAUUGUGUGAUAAUUUGCUUACCUGCAUUGUGCGAGCAUGGGAUUAUAGUAAGCCACUUUUUGUAGCUCCAGCCAUGAACACAUUAAUGUGGAACAACCCUUUUACAGAACGGCAUCUUAUGUUAAUUGGACUGGGGAUCAAUCUUAUUCCACCUGUAACCAAGAGGCUAGCUUGUGGAGACUAUGGGAAUGGUGCAAUGGCUGAACCUUCGCUCAUCUUCUCAACUGUAAGGCUCUUCUUAGAAUCCAGGGGUCAAUCAAGCAAUGGCAGCCAAUGAACACCAUAUCACAAGGUUGUGACCAAAACAAUUUGAUAUGCAGUGCACACAUGUUACCCAUCCAACAUGCAUUAGAUGUGAUUUUUGUACUGAUCACCAAUCUUGUUGUCCAGAUUUUUUAUUAUGCUUAAAUACAUCUUCUGUCAUACACCAUAGAAAACCUACUUAAAAAUGGGUUUCUUUUUAGAGUUGAUUGAAAUUUUUGUUGGACAAAGCAUGAAUUUCCUGAUUCGCUCUGUAUGAGCUGCUCGGUUGAUGCAAAACAAAAAUAAUUAGUACCAAGUGUCCGACAGUUCCUUGGAGGUCCAUUGAAAAUUGUGUGACUAAUAUUCAUUCCAUAUGGAGGCAGAUAAAUGUGAAACCUGCCAAAAAAAGGGGAGAUACUUAAAGAGAGUUUCAGUCAAAUAAGAAUUUGAAAGCUAAAUGUGUUGCGUAUACUGCUCUUGGAACUGCAUUAUGUAAAAGAUACUUGUGGCAUGCAAUUGAAUUCCUCGUCUUAUGUUUGAACUUCACUUUUGUUCUACAGCUCCAGUAGUCUAUCAUCCCUGUUCCACAAUGUCAAUCUGUUUCAUCAGGAAGGGAAGCUGCUUUCUUUUCCUGUCUGCUUCAAAUCUAUUUGUGUUUGACAUUUUGUCAAAUCUAUGAAUAAUAUUUUACCCACAUGCUUGUGAAAUGGAUCCAGUUUUUCCGUUUAGCUUUGCUAAGUAUGCAUUUCUUUAAAGUACCCUUUUCUAUGUAUUCUUUUGUUAAUGCAUUAGUGUCCACUCUAGGUAAAAUUUGCUCUUAGUUUGAUUUGCAUUUCACUUAUUUUUGAUGGUGUAUGAUCUAUGUGGACCAUUUUUUGCAUAGUUUGUAAUCCUGUAACUUCGGUAUUGUUAUUCUUGAAAAUUGUUCCUCAACACUUUCUUCUAUUUUUGCUGGGAUCUGGACCCUGGAAUGAUAAAUUCCUCUGUGUUUUCCUUCUAUUGAAUUGUCAAGUCUUUUCUCUGUCAAUUUAUCAAUGUGAAUCACCUGCAUAAUUUAAGUCGAGUAGUUUGAACCUAGUGUAAGGAAGGAGACAUAAGAAAAGGAUAAAAUUUACAGGCAGCCUUUGCCUGUAUAUUCAUGGAUGUCUUUGUCUGUUUUUCUGAGUGAUAUACAUAGAGCACAAUUUUUUUUCUUUCACUAGAUUUUGCCUUCUGUGACGCAUCAUAAUUUUUUUAGAACUGCUGCAAUAUAAACAGGUUGUUGAAUUCUUGAAGUUUGAACUGGGAUGCUGGUAGUGGGAAAUUAUGCACUUAGGACUUAAAUUGGUCUUUAGUAAUAAGCAAUUUCUUUCAACCUCCUGUGCUCAAUAAUAUGCCUCAUCAGAUGCAUUGAAUCUUUGAUUCAGUGAAAGUGUAAAUCUUAGUAUUUAUCGUACUUGUAGCUACUAUUAGAAGUAGGAGUUGCUGCAUAACUUCUGGUUUUCCAGAAGAGUAAAGAGGUUACUGGGGAUGUAACCAUUUUUGGAAAUCAAACACACAAGAGGAAGGCAAUUUUAGCAUAACGAUGCCUCUUUUCAUUCGUUGAAAAUUCCUCAUUUUGAUAAGAACUUUGGGAUGCUAAACUUAGCGCGGAAAAAGUUUCUUAUUCUAGACAUUUGAGCCUCUCAUUUAUUUUCUGUUGUCCAUUAAUUGUUGAGACCAGAAAGAUCACAGCUGUUAAUUGACUUGCACUUUUCAAGGACCUUUUGAUUUUGUGUUGCUCUAAACAUUUGUUAAAGAGGUUAGUUUUUUAUGUAUUUCACACAGAAAGGAUUUUUCAAUUGCUUUUACAAGCAUUCUGGUUCUGUGUGAAUUAAAAUUGAGUUGGAGAAAGAUAAGAUUAAAAUUUGAGAGUUUACAAAGAGUUCUGUCUCUGAAACGAAGUUUAAAGCCUUCAGAAAUUGGGAGUUGUACUAUGUUGUUGUUGUUUGUGGGGGGUUGUGCAUGAAAGAUGAUUCCGAUUGUACAGAUACUAUCGCCGUCCCUGCUUUUUCAGGACAAUGUCUUGCACAGUUUUGCAUGGCCUGAUGGGAAAUGCUUUGCAUCUAUGCUUGAAGAUCUUUGAAUCCCCUGGAACGAGUAAGAUUUUCUACAAGAAUCAGUUAUUUUGCAUUAAUGAUGCAUAAACUGGAUAACUCGUUGAUCAGCUGAUAAACCUCAACAUUAUCACGAACAACAGAACAAGUCAAACAAAAAGAAGUCAUGCAAAUGCAGAUAUAUUAUCAAGAAUUAUUGGCUCUGGUUUCUUUUCUUCAUUGGCAGCAGCAGCACCACCAUCUCCCGGGGCAGGAGCUGGAGCAGCACUUACUGCAGCAGCAAACUUGCUGGGAUCCUACAAUUUGUACGAUGUCCAAAGAUGAAUUCGAUUUCAGUUAUGCUUUUGAUUAGAUUAAGUUGACUAGUACGAGAAAUUAAGUUACAUACCUUGAGGUACUCCGUGACCUCAUCAGCCUGAGGGAAAGAGUAUUCAGUCUCGACUGCAAUGGCCAGGGCAUUUUUGUACCCAUUUAUCAACAUGUGAGGUGCAGCUGACAAGGCUGGGUAUGAAAUUUCCAGAGAAAGAGAAGUUGCCAUAGAAAGUCCCACCAAGAACUUCACAGCUAGAUCAUCUUCUGUCAAAUCUAGCACUUCAGGGCUAAAGACUGAUCCAUUCUCAUAAACGGCCUGGACAAUAAGGCCAUAAGAGAAUGGCCUAACCCCAAGCUUUGAAAGCAGAGCUGACUCAGAGGAACCAACUUUAUCCCCUUCUUAAUCAGCUCCACAGCAGUAAUAAUUUCAACAGUUCCCUUAUUAAUCUUAGUGGGGAUAUUGAGAACCUGGACACAUCCACAUGUGAGAGUAAACAUUUACUUGUAUGCAUUCAAAAUUCCCUGUGGAUGAUCAGAACUGGGUUGCAAAUUUCAAUUUGAGCUAUAUUGACGAGUUUAGUAAUCA